AGGGUGCGGCUUAUAUUUGGUUGCGCUUAAUAGUCCGGAAAUUAUGGUAGCAAUGUAAGUUAAGUGAUUACAAUUUAUAUAUAUAAAUUGUAAUGACAUUAAUGAUGACACAUUUGAAUAAAACUUUACUUUCUUUAUAUGUACUACAAUAACUAAAAGAAAAAUCAUUGCAUUUAUAUUUAAGAAUGUAAAUUGCCCAUAAACAUUGCAUUAAUUAUAUAACUUCUAAGCUGCAGUGAUUGCUAACUGUAUAGCUAGAAAAGCAUAGUUUGCAUCAAGUUUUAAAUUUUAGUUUGCUAUAGAAUUUUAUUGAUUCAAUUUAGAAGUUUGGGCUAGUAACAUUGUAACAAAUCUUAUUGCUAAAAUAAGGGGCAAGUUUUUAACAUUUUAUAGUUAUAAAUUGUGUUUAGUGGCUAGAUGUAAUAAACUACUGUCUAAAAAUUGUUGCUUUGGCAUUGUUGUUGAAAGAUUAUUGAUAACAUUAUUUCAGUAUAUAUUAUUUGAGUUAAGUAUAUUAUUUUAACCAGCUUAAUGGUGGUUUCAUAAUGUUUGUUUUAAUGUAAAGCUUUAUGUUGAUGCAUGCAAUUGGGGUUCACAUGUUUUCCCUUCUCCUUUUUGAUUUCAUUAAGACCCACUUCUGGACAAACAAGUGAAGACUACAGCUUUAUCGGGAAGAUGGCGGCUCUGAUUUUUGCUUUUGUAUUUGCCUUUUUUUUUUGUUUUUUUUUUGUUUGUUUUUUUAAAUGUAACUUUGAUUGCUGUUGUAUUCUGCUGUUAUUCUUUCAGCUGAUGCUUGUCUUAAUUCUAAGUUAAAUAUAUUUUACUUAAAUAAAAAUGUAGUUCCAAAACUUUUGAUUUCUCUGAUUUAAUUGGGACAAUGUGUCUAAGUAGAGUUAAACUUUACUUAUUAAAAAGUACAUUAUUACAUAGUAAGUGCUACUUACUAUGCACUUAAUGACUGUUAUAAGCUGUAAAAACAGUCAUUUCACCUGCUUUAGCAUAGCUUCACAAAUUAAGCUUUGAAUUAGUUACCUCUGUAUUAUACCCACACCACUGUUAGUUAUUUUUUGCAAUUAAUUACAAUGCAGUUGAUUUUAAAUUAAUUGGGGGAAAAACUUAACAUUCUUUCUCUGUAGCAAAUUGCUAAAAAAAUUCAAUAGCCAAAUCCAGUAAAGUUUCAGUAAUUUCCAUGUAUGCCAAUGGAUUUAAACUAUCAGAUUGUGGUUGUGAAAAUAUUAAAUAAUUAAUAUUGCUACAGUGUGCUCACAAUUCUCAAGACUUUUAAAACAAGCUCCAAGUAAAGCAUGAAGAUGUCCUAAAAUGGUGUCCUUGCAGUCCAGAACUCUAAAAUGGCUCCCAGUGUCUCAUUUCCUGCCUUAGCAGGAAGUGAUGGUGUCCUGAGAAUUUUUUAUAUCCUUAGAAAACACAAAAUAGUAGGCUUUAAGAUUACUCCUACUGUGUACUUAUGCAUUAUACAUCUAUUUUUUUUACUUGGUUGAAGUGGAAUAUAUCUAAGACAGAUUUUAUAUAAAAUAAAAGGGGUGGGUCUUUUGUACAUCACCUGAGUCUGGGCUAAAUCGAGAGAACGUCAAUCAAAGGCUAAAGCCUGUGCGAGCUGGGAAGGAGCUUUAGAUGGCGGAUGAGCCUUGGGAAGGGGAACCCGUUGAGCUCGUCGACAGCACUGCUUAUUUAACUUUGAACUUUAGCACUCGUGUUUAGGUUUAUAUUUAAAUCUUUAGAUCAAUUUGUGCCGUAUCUAGAUGUAGAAAUGCCGUCGCAUUGUUUUCCGGUUUUAUUUCGUCGAGAAUAUAGAGACCGCUUUAGUGUAGUCGUUGUUUUCUGUACCUCGCGCUGGCAGCCAUGACUGUCCUCCAUUUUUAGUGCGCUGCGCGCGUCUCUUUAGUAACUCAGCUCUCCAUUCAAAAGGCUAUUGCUGCUUUUCUUACAUAUAUUUUCCUGUUAUUAAAUAAUACUUCGAGUUGUUCAGUCAUUUGGAUUCAUCGGAGAUUCGUGUAUAUUUUCUUUUUUUUGUCUUAGUAUACGUUCGAUAUUUUUAUUCCGGUGGCGGAUGUUCCUGCUUCCUACAUGUAUUUCCCUACCUGUCUAUGGAAUAGGUAUGUGUACGUUGCAGGUUUUUGUACGAUCGGUUGCAUUUUAAUUUUUUAAGGAUGUUUUCAGUCGUCCUUUGUCCUGAUGACGCAGUAAGAAUUUAUGCAUGUAGGAUCUAUUGCAUUAAAAGUCUGAACCCGUUUGUUGGUUGUGACACGAGACUGGUUUUAUUUAAAUCCCAAUAUUUAUUUUCUAAAUUUUCCUAAUCAAUUUGUUUAUUUUGUCGUCAAACGUGUUGGGGCUUAUUUUCCCCUUCCGAAGCAACGGGGGACUUUUGCAGUCCUGAAAGCAAAAGCAGGACUGAUAGAACUUGCAUGAUGGUUUCACCCCCUCUCAACUUUUGACAGUUUAAUACCUAAAGUAAAGAUCAUCUUUAACAGUUAAACAAUAUAACCAUGUUAAAGAACAAAGAAAAAAAGGAAGGAGAGGACGCUUCGACUCACAGCAAUGCUUCGAGCAACUCUGCAUCAGAGGAGUCUAAUCGUUCAGGCUCUGAGUCGGGCAGCCAGUCUGAAAGUGAGCAGGGCAGUGAUCGGGCACACUCCCAGCAUUCUGAGUCCAACAGCACAUCUGAGUCUGAGAGCUGCUCUGAAUCUGGGAGUGAAUCAGCUGGAUCGAAGUCACACCAGACCAUUGCAGAGAUCAAAGAGAAACGGGUCAAAAGGAGAGACUUGGCUGACGUGAAAAAGAUGUGGGAGGAACAUCCAGAUGUUUAUGGUGUCAGAAGGUCCAAUCGGAGCAGACAGGAGCCUGCUCGUCUGAACAUUGGAGCAGAGGACAGCAGUGAAUCAGAGAGUGAAAGUCACAAAAGAAAAGUAUUGAGACAGAAAAAGAAAGAAAAUACCUGGAAAGAUGACUCAAAUGAUGAAGAUGAGGAGGAAGAAGACAGCAGUUCAGAGAGUGAGCAGGAAGAAAAAAAAGUUAGAUCCAGACGACUUCCUGCUAGAAGGCCUCGGGCCAAAUCAUCUACAGCCAAGCAGCAUCAAACUCAUAAGGGACGGAAACAGAGGAAGCAGGAGACAUCGGAGGAGGAGGAGGAGGAUGAUGAAGAUGAGGAAGAGGAUACGCCAAUAAGACUGACACGGAGAAGAGCAGCUACGAAAGUUAGUUACAAGGAGGACCAGCAUGAUUUUGAAACUGACUCUGACGACCUGAUUGAGAUGGCAGAGGGGACAGAGGAUGUGCAGGAUGAUGACAGUGAGACCAUUGAGAAAGUCAUGGACAUAAGGACUGGCAAGAAAGGAGCUACUGGUGUUGCCACUACGCUCUAUGCUGUAGAGGCCAAUGGACAGCCCAUAGCAGAUUUUGAGUCUGAAAAGGAAGAAGGAGAGACUCAGUUCCUUAUUAAAUGGAAGGGCUGGUCCUACAUUCACAACACAUGGGAAAGUGUGGACUCACUCACUCAGCGAAAGGCCAAAGGGAUGAAAAAACUGGAAAAUUUUAAAAAGAAAAAUGAGGAGCUCAGUGCUUGGUUGAAAAAAGCCUCACCAGAGGAUUUGGAAUAUUACAACUGCCAACAAGAGUUAACCAUUGAUCUGAAAAAGCAGUUUCAGAUAGUGGAGAGAAUCAUUGCAACAAGAACAGGGAAGUCACAAGUGCACUCUGAUUUUACCUCGCAUAAGACCACAUCUAACGAGCCUGAAUACUUGUGUAAGUGGAUGGGUCUGCCCUAUGCAGAGUGCACUUGGGAAAAUGGUGCCUUAAUAGGGAAAAAGUUCCAGUCUUGCAUAGAUAGUUUCAACAACAGGAAUGUCUCCAAGACUAUCCCCUCAAAAGACUGUAAGGUGUUAAAACAGAGACCCAGAUUUGUGGCUCUAAAGAAGCAGCCCUCUUAUAUUGGAGAUGAGAACUUGGAGCUGAGAGACUACCAGUUAGAUGGACUGAACUGGCUUGCACACUCUUGGUGCAGGUGUAACAGUGUUAUCUUAGCUGAUGAGAUGGGCCUGGGGAAGACCAUCCAGACAAUUUCAUUUCUUUCCUACCUGUUCCAUCAGCACCAGCUGUAUGGGCCCUUCCUCUUGGUUGUUCCCCUCUCUACACUCACAUCUUGGCAGCGUGAGUUCAGUAAUUGGGCUCCUGACAUGAACGUUGUGGUCUACCUGGGGGAUGUUUUGAGCAGAAAGACGAUUCGUGAUUAUGAAUGGAUUCACCAGCAGACCAAAAGAAUUAAGUUUAACACACUUUUGACCACAUAUGAAAUUCUAUUAAAAGAUAAGGCUGUUUUGGGGAACAUAAACUGGGCAUUUCUUGGGGUGGAUGAAGCUCACCGGCUGAAGAAUGAUGACUCUCUGCUGUAUAAAACACUAAUAGAUUUUAGGUCUAACCACAGGCUACUCAUAACAGGAACACCAUUGCAGAAUUCACUCAAAGAGUUGUGGUCCCUCCUGCACUUUCUAAUGCCUGACAAGUUUGAGUUGUGGGAGGAUUUUGAAGAAGAGCAUGGUAAGGGCAGGGACAAUGGCUACCAAAGUCUGCACAAAGUGCUUGAGCCCUUUCUUCUGCGGCGUGUUAAAAAGGAUGUGGAGAAAUCGCUGCCUGCUAAAGUGGAGCAGAUACUCAGAGUGGACAUGUCAGCCCAACAGAAACAGUUUUACAAGUGGAUUCUGACACGGAAUUACAAAGCCUUAUCUAAAGGUACUAGAGGCAGUUCCUCUGGCUUUCUCAACAUUGUUAUGGAGCUGAAGAAAUGUUGUAAUCAUGGCUUUCUCAUCAAGCAGCCAGAGGAGUGUGAAAAUGAGAAGCCUCAGGAACAUCUGCAGGCACUUGUUCGUGGCAGUGGAAAACUUGUGCUCUUGGACAAAUUGCUAACAAGACUGAGGGAACGAGGCAAUCGUGUGCUCAUCUUUUCUCAGAUGGUCCGUAUGCUGGACAUUUUAGCUGAUUAUCUGGCCAUGAAACGCUAUACUUUCCAGAGACUGGAUGGCUCCAUCAAGGGAGAGCUUCGGAAACAAGCACUUGACCACUUUAAUGCAGAAGGUUCAGAGGAUUUCUGUUUUCUCUUGUCCACUCGUGCUGGAGGACUGGGCAUCAACUUGGCCUCAGCAGACACUGUUGUCAUAUUCGACUCUGACUGGAACCCUCAGAAUGACCUGCAGGCCCAGGCCAGAGCCCACAGAAUAGGCCAAAAGAAACAAGUUAAUAUUUAUCGUCUGGUCACAAAAGGCACUGUGGAAGAGGAUAUUAUUGAAAGGGCAAAAAAAAAGAUGGUGCUAGACCAUCUUGUAAUACAAAGAAUGGACACCACUGGAAGAACAAUACUAGACAACAACUCAGGCAAUUCAAAUUCAAAUCCUUUUAACAAGGAGGAGUUGGCUGCUAUCUUGAAAUUUGGUGCCGAAGAUCUGUUUAAAGAACCUGAAGAGGAGGAAUCAGAGCUACAGGAAAUGGACAUUGAUGAGAUCUUGAGGCUUGCUGAAACAAGGGAAAGUGAUCAAGGUUCCAGUGCCACAGAUGAGCUGCUGUCCCAAUUUAAGGUGGCCAACUUCAACAUGGAUGAGAGCACAUCAGAGCUGGAGGAGAAGCCCGUGCGGAACUGGGAUGAGAUAAUUCCAGAUGAUCAGAGAAGGCGCGUGGAGGAAGAGGAGAAACAGAAGGAAAUGGAGGAUAUUUACAUGUUGCCACGGAGCAGAAGCUCAAAUAAAAGAGCGCAGACAAAUGACAGCGACAGCGAUGUUGGCUCAAAGCUGAAACUGAAGCGCCACACAUCCGGUUCAGAAAGUGAGACAGAUGACAGUGAGGAUGAUAAGAAGCCCAAGCGACGAGGCAGGCCACGCGCACGCAAAAACAACGUGGAGGGCUUCACAGAUGCUGAGAUUCGCAGGUUCAUAAAAGCUUACAAGAAAUUUGGUGCUCCUCUUGAAAGGUUGGAGGCCAUUGCACGUGAUUCUGAACUGGUGGAUAAAUCUAUAGCAGAUCUGCAGAGACUAGGAGAAUUAGUGCACACUACAUGCCUAGCUGCAGUACAGGAGCAUGAAGAACAAAUGAAAGAGAAUCCCACAGAAUAUGCAUCUAAAGGGCCAGGAAAGAGACGUGGCAUUAACAUCAAGAUAUCUGGGGUUCAGGUAAAUGCUAAAUCCAUUAUCCAGCAUGAGGAAGAGUUUGAUUCUCUACACAAGGCUGUGCCCUCCAAUCCUGAGGAGAGGAGCACAUUUCAGCUAAAAUGUCGUGUGAAGAUGCCACACUUUGAUGUAGACUGGGAUGUGCAAGAUGAUGCACAUCUCCUGUUGGGCAUCUACGAGCAUGGCUUCGGCAAUUGGGACCAGAUCAAGACUGAUACUGAGCUGAAACUCUCAGACAAGAUUCUUCCAGACAACCCUGACAAAAAGCCACAGGCAAAGCAGCUGCAAAUGAGAGCUGAUUACUUGUUGAAGACCAUGAAGAAGGAGCAGGAGUGUAAGGAUACAUUCAAAACAGAAGAGGAGGUAAAGAAGAGAAAACCUCGAGUAAAGAAAGACAAGACCCGAAAAGAUGAACUAGCCGGUGAAAUCUCCUCUCCUCAUCUCACUGAACAUACAUCAGAGGAUGGUGAAGUGAAGGAUGACAAAGCUGAAAAAUCCCCCACAAAGAAGAAACAGAAGAAGGACAACAAAGAGAACAAAGAGAAGCAAGGCAUGGCAAAGAAAGAUAAGGACAAAAAACGGACAAAGCUCAAGAAAGAAAAGAUUAAAUCAGGAUGCAAAGGCAAGAAAGCUCAGGGCCCUGUGCACAUUACAGCAGGCAGUGAGCCUGUUCCUAUUGGAGAGGAGGAUGAUGAACUAGACCAGGAAACAUUUAGUGUUUGUAAAGAGCGGAUGAGGCCGGUGAAGAAGGCUCUUAAACAGCUUGAUAAGCCUGAUGAAGGCCUGUCAGUGCAGGAACAGCUGCAGCAUACAAGGGCCUGCCUGUUGAAGAUUGGAGACCGAAUAACAGAGUGCCUUAAAACUUACAGUGACCCGGAACACGUCAAAACCUGGCGCAGAAAUCUCUGGAUUUUUGUGUCCAAAUUCACAGAGUUUGGUGCAAAGAAAUUGCACAGGCUAUACAAAAUGGCUCAAAAGAAGCGCUCCCAAGAGGAGGAGAAAGAGCACAAGAAGAAAGAUGACCCAGGCAAAAAGAAGCCAUUUCGACCUGAACCUUCUGGAUUGAGUCGGGACUCUACUGGCACACAGCCAUCAUCCAAAACACACCCACCACUAAAUCAUCCAACAGGACUUGGAUCGCAUUUGCACCAUUAUAGGGGAGACUGGCAAAGGGAACGUAAAUAUAACUACCCAGGAAACAGUAACCAGCCAUGGCAAGGUGACCGCCAUCACCCUUACGACCAGCACAGGUAUAAGGAGCAUCAUUACAACAGCCGGCGGGGACACACUGACUUGUACCGCAGUAGUAACUUCCGGAACCCAGGCUCAGCACGUAAACGGGUGUAUGAUCAGUACAGCAAUGAUCGAGACCAUCGUGCUCACCGUGACUAUUAUGACAGACAUCCAGACCCAAAGAGGAGACGCUCAGAUGACUAUCGCUCUGCAAACUACCACCAGGGUGGUGGAGGAGGCUACAAUCAGGAUUUCCGGAGGCUGCCUGAACAACGGGGUGUCCCAGGGCCUGAUCACUACCGGCCAUUUCACCCAGACAAACCCCCUCCUCUGCUGGAUCCACGUUCUCCACAGCUGCAGAAAUCGCCAAUUGAGUCUCUUUCACCUCUGGAAAGAACCACUGAACCCAAACCAAACACAGAUCUUAACCGGAACAGAAAACCCUGAUUUAAUCUGCAAUGGUAUUCGACUAUGUAGGGAGGCACCAAGUACAUAUGGGCCACCGAUUCCCUUAUGCAUCUCUGAACUGAUGAUCCAAUAGGUGGAGCUCAAGUUUCCAUGUUGGAGCUUUCUGGGUCUUUAGGGCUCAAAUGAAGUAAAAGAAUAAAGCCCUGUUAGUCCUGUGGACUACUGAAUGAAUAAAAAAGAUUUUUGGAGUAUGACCUGGUAUGGAAGCAUGGAAGUGCCUCGCUUGUUUGUCUUUUCUUUAGUCAUUAGUAGAACGGAACAUGUCCAGUACAAAUGUUACUUUGAUAGUUUUCUUUUUUGCUUUAAGCAAAGAUUUAUUACAGGAUAUUGGGCUUUGUGAAGAAAAGAUAAUCUUCAAACAAACCAUUAGAUUACCCAAACAGUUUAAUUAAUCUGUUGUUUUGAUCCAGUAUUAUAUAAGUGCACCCCUGUGCUAUAAAUUUGUUUUUUUCUGUUCCCAGCAAAUCUGAUAAUUGGUAGCCUCUAUUUAGUCAGUUUUGCCCAAUUACACCAAUAAGAAACGGAUUCUCAGAAUUUCAUCACCAAAAUGGCAUUUGAAUGUGUUUCUUUUUUGUAAUUACACAGAAAAAAAGCAAUCUCAUGUCCCCAUACAUGAAUGACUGAAUAACCUAAAUUUGCUCUAAACAAAACACACCAUGACAGAAAUAUGUAUCAGUGCAGGCUUUAUUUUUAGAACACUAAAUAUCCAAACAUACAGCUUUAAUUUUUUUUUCUAUGGCUGAGGUUUUCUCUCCUUGAUGUAUGUGUAGCCUAAUUGUAGGUACUGUUGCAUAUUUACAUUGCACUCAAAGUAUCGUACUCUACAAAUUUCCAUUUAUAAACAAAAUGAAUAUUGACAGGUUUUCAAGUGUCUGUAUUGAAAUGUCUGUAUUUGAGCAAAUGUUUGUGAAGCAGGAAACAUUGAGCUUUUGUUUCACCAGUUGUAAAGCCAAAAUGACACUGGCAUGCUGGUAAGGUAAAACAUGUUAGAUUAAUUUUUUUUUCUCUUUUUUAUUUUAUUUUAUUUUUUUAAACAAUUUUCCCUCCAUUUGUGCCUUAUCCUUGUGAUUUUUUUUAAGUAUAUUGCAUUAAGGAAAAACAUGCAUCCCAGAAAGUGCAUACAGUGCACCAUGUAGGGUGCAGAAGUCAUUUUCAUACUCUUUAUAUUGCAUGUAUCUAGAGAAAAAAGGCAUUUGGGAUUUGUUUUUAAACAAGAGCUUUUGAUGGACAUAUGGUAAGUGUUGUUGCUGCCUGUUAUGGACUGUGGGGGCUUUAGAAAGGGUGGAAAAAUGCCACUUUCUCAUAGAGGAACAGACAUGUGUUACAAGGAGUUCCAUCUUUCCUCUAAGAAACUCUUUAUUCUUUAAGAAGUACCAAUUAAAGUAAUUUAUAUUUGUGAAAACAACCACUGUUCACAUGAACUGCACUGUACAUACUGUUUAUACACCUGUACGUAUUAAACUUUGCUACACCAAGCAA